AUGUCAGGAAAAGUGCGAGUCUUACACUUGCUGUGCAAGAACUGCAACUCCCGCAAUCCGGUCUCCAGACGCACUGGUGAAUCCACUGCGAGUGUCUCGGUGGAAUCAGCACAUGCCGAGCUCAAGGCAAUCAUGGAGAAGCUGAACGGCAAAUCGGGGCAGGACUUGGUCGAUGCUUUUGCCAAAGAGGCGCAAGCCCGCAGCGACUGCGGUUCUUACGCCCAGGGAGGCGACUUGGGACACUUUGGGCCCGGUGAGAUGCAGAAAGAAUUUGAGGAAGCAUCUUUCAAACUUGAAGUCGGGCAGAUGAGCGGCAUUAUUGACUCGCAGAGUGGCAGUCACAUCAUCCUCCGUGGAAAGCUGAGUCAUGUUGAUGACAGUCGCAUGGACUCACAUGUUGCGGUGCUCCCGUGUCACCUGUUGAGGCAUAGGGUGAGAGGCCGGAAAGCUGCUGGAGAAAGCGCCAGCACUAAUUCAAGCUGUAUAUAUACGUCUCGUGGCCGAAGGGGGAAAAACAUCCAGCUGACUGGCGGCUUCACCGUGCAUGUCCGUAGAGGGCUAAGUUUUUUGGUCGCUUGGCAGCCCGCCAGUGCUGUUGCCGUUCUCGCGCACCCCCGCAUAUGCGAAAACGUGGCAUUGUUCCCGCGCGGCGCACGCGUGUUUCUGCCAGCUCCCAGCGCGAAGCUGCGCCUGUUGCGUUGCUGGACGGCUGGCCGAGCUGGCGCUCGAUGUGGGCUGGUCGCUCUCCGUUGGUUGGGUGUUGGGGUCGCACCGAUCGCAGCCUGGUGGUUCGCCCGGGCCAGCCUCCAAAUGCCCGCCACUUGCUUGCAGGCGCCGGUCCAACUGAGCUGA